UGUUUGGCCUUUUUACGUGAAUUUAGUGGUAAAGAUAAGGGUGAUAAAAAUGAAUUAGCAUCAUUUGCAACUCGCGCCGUCGAUUUCGUUCGGAAAGUGCGCCCAAUUUAACCAAUCCACCUACUCAUAGUUACGAAUAUUUCAGACCUCCUUCCAAAUCAUCAACAAUUCAUCGAGAUUUCAAAUCUUUUCUAUGACAAAAAUGGUUCAGAUAAACCUAAUGAAUUGGAAAAAGCCUCCAUCUUACUAUCAUUAAAAAAGAGAUGAGGACACAUUUUUUGCUAUUAAUCAUUCGGAAACUGCGCCAGGGCCUCUGCAAGCUCUUUCUGCCUCCAGCAACAGUUUUGGCUACCCCUUUAAAAACAGUUUGUUAUCGAGUUUUUCUGUCGCCCGGACCCGAAUUCUCUGGGAAGUUAGUGCUCGUUUUUCCGCUGGAAAUCGUUUCCUUGGCCCCGGAUGGACUAUAACAUCAGCCGGUUAUGCAGGGUGUGUCUGGAGGAAGGUGUUUUUACCUCCAUCUUCAGCACGGAUCUCGUGGCGAUGGCACCCGCCGAUAUGCUCGUUAUGUGUUCGAACAUCAAGGUGUCCAAAAAUGACGGAUUGCCGACCACCAUCUGCAACAACUGCAUGUACCGGCUGGGUGUGGCGUUCCACCUCAAGCAGCAGUGCGAAAACUCGGAUAUGCGGUUACGCCAGUACAUCGGACUGAUGACCGGGGUUUACAGUAACGUGCUGGACAAGGAAACGAUGACCGACGAUUCGUGGCUACUUUCCGAUCCAAAGUGCGACGGGCAGGAACACAAAACCACUAAAAAGAAAUCUGGCAGCAGAAAGCGAUAUAAACCGAAGCUACCGGAGGAGCGGAAGAAGCGGGGACCGAAACCGAUGCCAAAGAUUCCACAGACCUGUUAUCAGUGUCACAAGACGUUCAAAUGUGCCGCUCAGCUGCAGAUGCAUCUACGAACCCAUUCGGGAGAGAAACCUUUUGCCUGUGAUUACUGCACGCGCCGGUUCGCCCAGAAGCACAAUCUCGCUAUCCACAUCCGCACGCACACUGGUGAGCGGCCGUAUCAGUGUGAAAUCUGCAGCAAACAGUUCUCAGCACUGGGCAACUUCCAGGCGCACAAGAAAAUCCACACCAACGAGCGGGACCACGUAUGUCCGUCGUGCAACAAGGGAUUCAUCACAUCGGGCGAUCUGACGCGUCAUAUGAUUUCGCACUCGGGCAUCAAGAACUAUCACUGCGACAUCUGUGCCAAAAGCUUUAGCCGCAACCGGGACAUGGUGGCACAUAAGCGGAAGAUCCACAUGAACGAUCGAUCGAACGAGAACUACAAGUGCCACGAGUGUCACAAGGCGUUUGCCACGCUCGACACUCUCAACGGACACAUGCGCAUGGAGCACGGUACCACGGCUGGGCCAACCGUCGGCUCCGGGUCGGCCCCCGGUUCCCUGAUGCCAUCGCAUCCACCGCAGAUACAAAAUCCAAUCGCGCUGGCAGUGCACGGCCUUGGAUCGAGCCCGUUAGGUGUGGGUUUGGGAAUGCUGCCUCAUCCGGUACAUCCAGCGCAAGGUGAAGGUUCGGCUCCGCCACCACCUCAGCAAAGCUACCAUCACAACCAGAUGCAUCCGGUACAACGGUUGCAUCCCUAUUAAACAAGGGAGCCGGGCUACAGCUAAACAAGCAGCUACCGUCAUCAAUCACUCAAACAUCACAUCAACGACACAUACACACACACAAACACACGCAUCACUAACAUUCGAUACAUCCGUGAUUUAUUUACUCAGUAUUUAAUAAACAUUAUUGCGAAUGAAAUAGGAAAACCUUCUAUUGCUCGUCUGGUAAUCUGUGGAGUUUGUGAAUCACCGGGCCGUGGUGCUGCAUCGCCUGUUUCAUGCCCGACGCAUUCCUACACAUCCUGAAUUCUCGAACAUCGAGUUGAUAGAUGGGAGUGCGGUUUAGGAUACUGCUUAGUUCUAGGGAUUAUUCCACCAAAAUACUCUCUCCUUGUCCCCUGGUACUUCUAGAUUCCUCGUAAUUUAUAUGGAAGAACGACUGUGCCCGUGUGCGGGGAGUGAGUGAGGGUUUCUACUUGGAUUUCACAACAAAAUGUGCCCUCGCUGCGUACACCACUUUGGUUAUAGUUAUUGAGAUUGGUCAUGUUGCUAGACUAAACAUCGAAAUCCCACGAGCGGAACCGAUGCCGCCUGCUAAUGGAACCCGCCAUAUUGCUUCGCACUAACUCGCAACAACUCCUCCUGCUUGCCUACGGCACACCUUUAACCUUUAAUUACAUCUUAUCAUAUCACAAAGUAUGUCUCUAAACAGGAUUUCGGAUAAACAUGGAUUGAUAACGGAGGCAGAAUGAGAAAGAUUGAGAGAGAUAGAGAAAGGACAAGACCGUGUUCAUACCUACCUACUUGUUUUUAGAGCUAAAUAAUGACCGAAUGUCCAAGAGUUUCAAUACUGUACCCCCCCACACCUCAUUUUUGUUACGCUACUGGCAUAAUUUUGCUUCGUUGCCACUGCCCCGUAGGUCGGGUAACUACUGAGAAUGAAGAGUUCUGGGCAGCAGGCAUGGGAUAUGCGAAGAGCGGGGCGAAUUUCCCUCUUAACACCUAAAAGCCACGCUGGUAUGGUCCGGUGACAACAAAAUCUAAAAUAAAACAAUAUUUCCUGUUCCUGUUGCCUCACGCCAUCCAUCCUGGCAUCUCCUGAUCUGGUUGGCAUUAAUGGUCCGUGGUACAUCGAGGUGCAACACACAGGAUGGACUUGAAAUGAAAUUACGCUGAGAGCGCGCUAAUUAAGUGUACGUAUCAAUCAAACAUGGCUAUUGCUGGUGUCCUCCCUUGGCUGAGGCGCUGCUUCUGCCGCAGGUAAAGGCCACAGUUCACUGCUGUUGUUGUAGGAUCCCGUUGUUUGCCAUACCUUCUGAUGCACCUCAGUAGGCCUCGUCGACGUCAGCGGCAUUUGUGCGUAUUGCUUUGUUGCUAUGGAAAUGUUGGAAAAGUCUCCAAGGCGAGGAGUAGGCUUAGGGA